AUGAUACAGCAGGAUACACAAGACAGGAUACAGCAGGAUACACAAGACAGGGUACAGCAAGAUACACAAGGCAUGAUACAGCAGGAUACACAAGACAGGAUACAGCAGGAUACACAAGACAGGGUACAGCAAGAUACACAAGGCAUGAUACAGCAGGAUACACAAGGCAUGAUACAACAAGAUACACAAGGCAUGAUACAGCAGGAUACACAAGGCAUGAUACAACAAGAUACACAAGGCAUGAUACAACAAGAUACACAAGGCAUGAUACAGCAAGAUACACAAGGCAUGAUACAGCAAGAUACACAAGGCAUGAUACAGCAGGAUACACAAGGCAUGAUACAGCAGGAUACACAAGACAGGAUACAGCAGGAUACACAAGACAGGGAUACACAAGACAGGAUACAGCAAGAUACACAAGGCAUGAUACAACAAGAUACACAAGGCAUGAUACAACAAGAUACACAAGGCAUGAUACAGCAAGAUACACAAGGCAUGAUACAGCAAGAUACACAAGGCAUGAUACAACAAGAUACACAAGGCAUGAUACAGCAGGAUACACAAGGCAUGAUACAGCAGAUCUAG